AUGUUCGGGCCCUUCAGAAUUACGAGCUCCCUUAGCGGGGGUCUUCUAUGGAAGAUACCUUGGCGCCUCUCCCCGACACAGAAGUUCCGGCAACGGAAACGGUUACGAGCUGUCGACCAGGUUGUUGAGACGUUGAGCAAGGCGCUAGCAAAAAAGGGCGAGACGCUCGCCUCGUUGGAGCGGUGGAAGUCCGAGAUGCCGACCGAGGCACAGAUGCAGCCACGCGACAAGUACACGAUGUUCGACCGGAAAGAGAAGAGAUACCGCAAGGGAAUUCACAAACUUCCCAAGUGGACCCGUGUAUCCCAAAGAGUCAACCCGCCAGGUUACUAG